AUGAUUCAGCAUACGCCGUUCAAUCAGCAUACGCCGUUCAAUCAGCAUACCCCCAAAAUCGUGAAUUAUAAUCUGCGUUUAGCUGUAGACCUUUUGACUGCUCUCAGACAGAAUGGCUUCACAACUUUCGUUGAUCUGAUAGUGAAGGCUGGUUUAGUGGAAACCUUUUCUGCCAAAAGACCUUUCGUCGUAUUGGCCCCUACCAAUGAAGCCUUCGCAGCCAUCGAUCCUGCAGUUCUAGCAGCCCUUUUAAAAGAUAUUUACCUGUUGAGAGACAUUCUUCGUUAUCAUCUGGUGCUUUUCAGGCAGCCAUGCAGUCUCGUGUCUUCCAUCUUUGUUGAACUAACUAUAAACACUGCGCUAGGUGAAGUAGUCCGUUUCAACGUGUACCGAAACAAAGGGCCUUCUUUUGCUACCGAAGAUAUUGCAACAGCUAACGGAGUGCCACUUUUGAGAGCUAUUCCAACAGGUAAAAGCAUUAUUUACCCCAUUGAAAAGGUUCUCAAUCCGCAAGACGUAUCGCCCAACAACACCGUCAUCAAUUUUUUGAGAAGCAACAAAGACUUUUCCAUCUUUCUAAGCGUAUUUCAAGUCCUUGGCUUAGCUGAAAAUAAUUUCAAAGCCCGUCCGAAAACGACGUUUGUUCCGACCAACGCCGCGUUCAAAGCGCUUCCGCCUGGCGUUCUUGAUUCCAUUUUCGCCGAGCCAGACAAGUUGAUUGUUCUUUUAAACACGCACAUCGCCUCUGGAACUUUUUACGCAGCAGGACUCGUUGACGGCCCCCUCACCGUUUUAGCUGGCAUCCAGGUGGAUAUCAACGUAACUCCAUAUGGUAUUACCGUGGGAAAUGCCGAUAUCAUUGAGCCGGACAUAACUGUGUUCGAAGGAGUAGUGCACGUUAUCAGUUCGGUUAUUCAAGCCCAAGAAACUUGCUUGAACCGGCCGUAUUAA